GGACCAACCAAGCAUUUAACUCUUUUUCUCCGGUAGAAAUGAAAUAGAUGUAUGUUUUGGUUUCUUCUUCCUCCUACUUAACCUAACAGUUGAAGAAGUCGUGUUGUUUAGAUCCGCAGCGCUGCUAUCUACUCCUUCCAGAUCAGAAAUGGGUUCAGAGGCCAAACUUCUUUCACUCCACGAGGUUUCAAAGCACGAUAACAAGAAUGAUUGUUGGCUUAUUAUUUCAGGGAAGGUGUACGAUAUUACACCAUUUCUGGAUGAUCAUCCAGGAGGUGAUGAAGUCCUGCUGUUAGCCACUAAGAAAGAUGCUACAGAGGAUUUUGAAGAUGUGGGCCACAGUCAGAAUGCAAGAAACAUGCUGGCAGAUUACUAUGUAGGUGACAUUGAUAUCAACUCUAUGCCCCAAAAAGGUAAGCAGCCGCCUACAGGUGCUUCUGGAGCAGCUUCUUCUGGGGGGAGCUCAAUACUCAUGUUUGUUCUACCCUUACUGAUGUUGGUGUUGGCGUAUGGUCUCUAUUAUUAUGCCAAUCAUGCUUCAGUUUGAGUGAGUGAGUGGAUGGUAGGUAUUAAAAACUACCAUGUUAUUAUGUAUGGAUGGUUAAAUUAUACUUUGAUCAUGAACAAGGUUUUGUUGUGUUUGAGUUGUCUGAAGAACCUAAUUGCAUUAUUAUGUUUUGCUACUCAGUUUUGAGCUUUAUGAAUUCGAGUUCACAUAAAAA